GCAGGAAGGGGGGAAACUGUGGUCAGGGAGUUGCUGAACACAACUGUGAGGAGCCAGCCAACCAACCAGCUGAGCGCCCAGAUCUCAGCCUGUGGUUCCCGAGCCCCUGCCCAAGAUGACCCGAGUGGUGGUCUUGCUGUUGCUGCUUCUGAUUCAAGAAGCCGCGGCUCUCUCCGAGCCCCAGCUCUGUUACAUUCUGGACGCUGUGCUGUUCACCUAUGGCAUUGUCCUCACACUGCUCUACUGCCGCCUCAAGAUCCAGGUGCGAAAGGCAGCUGCCAGAUUUGAGAAAUCUGAGGGAGUCUACACAGGCCUGAGUACCCGGAACCAGGAGACUUAUGAGACGUUGAAGUAUGAAAAACAGCCACAGUAGAAGAGGAACUAUGGAGAGAGCCCCCAGGGUCACAACAGUCUCUCAGUCCCAGCCCUGUCUACUACCUGACUGCCCUUCUUCACCCCAACCUCUGCCCAUUGAGAUCAACACACGAAGUGUCCCUGUCCUCCUCGUUAUUAUGAUGGAACUUCACUUCUCUGAUAAUCAGCUGGCUAUGCCCCUUUAUUAACACACAACCCCACCUGCUCAUUUUAAUAUCCCUGCCCUUUAUUAAUAUGCAAAGAUGUCAUUGACCCUCAUUACCAUUCACAUACUGACCCUUGACCCAUGAUCCCACGUUUUUAAAGGGUCUCCUACAUCUUGCCCUAAGUCAUCCCCAACCCUGCCCUGCCUUUCCUCUGCUGAUUGUGGGGUUUCUGAGGGUGGGGCUCAUCCCUCAAUAAAGCUGCCAUUGGCUGAA